UAUAUACGACUCUGGUUUUGUCCUAAAACGAUGACGUUUGGUUGACACCCUGACGUCACAUGCGGCGCCGACGUCAUCAGAUACGCCCUCUCCGCUGACCAAAAACAUUUGUCCAGACGUAAGCGCUCCGGAGAGCCCGACGAGCCUGGUUUUUUUAAUUAAGUCUUAUUCAUUAGUCGUUAGAGCUUUUUCGAAUAUGGUCUGUGGCGGUUUCACCUGCUCCAAAAAUGCGCUUUGUUCCCUGAAUGUGGUUUACAUGCUGGUCGGGCUGCUGCUAAUCGGAGUAGCAGCAUGGGGGAAGGGGUUCGGCCUGGUGUCGAGCAUCCACAUCAUCGGAGGGGUCAUCGCAGUGGGCGUCUUCCUGCUGCUCAUCGCUAUUGUUGGACUCAUCGGAGCGAUACACCACCACCAAGUCAUGCUUUUCUUUUACAUGGUCGUUCUUUUCAUCGUUUUCCUCUUCCAAUUUGGAGUUUCAUGUUCCUGCUUGGCGAUGAACCGCGGACAACAGGAGGCACUUCUGAACUCUGCUUGGCGAAUGUUGGAAAACAAGACCAAGACCGACCUAGAGAGCCAGCUGAACUGCUGUGGGCUGCUCAACGUCACCGCCAACCAGGCACAGUUUGAUCUGGACUUGCAGAACUGUCCCGCUUUAUGCAAAAAGAACACUGUCUGUUACACCUGCGGGGAUAUGAUGCUGACUCAUGCAACGGAGGCCCUGAAGAUCCUCGGGGGCGUCGGGCUCUUCUUCAGCUUCACAGAGAUCCUGGGAGUGUGGCUCGCUGUGCGCUACAGGAACCAGAAGGAUCCACGAGCGAACCCGAGUGCUUUCCUAUAGUCUGCCCCCCCCCCCGUACGCAGCGCAGUGUCGGACACACUGGCACACAUAGUAUCAUGCACAUCUAGAGGCAGACACACGCCAGCAUACAAUACAGUACCACACCAACUACAACAACACACAGAAUGGACGAGCUCACGCAGCACCUGACAAACACUGACAAAUAACUCACACACACACCUUCAACUGAGACUGAGAAACUACAACAACCUGUCCAGAAAGUGUUGCCAGAGCUCCAGCCGGAAGACCUGGAUACUUGUGUAUGAAAGGAUAACUUGUAAUACCAAGAAGUGUGACUUGUUGGUAGUGCGACCCAGCCUUGAUUUGAGUACCAGAUUUCCUGCUAUGUAACAAGGGAUGAGACAUCUCUGCAUGUGUCCUGGUCCCGCACAGACAAACGGCCUCUUUGUCGAUUUUAUUCCACACACCAACCAAAUGACUGUGCCCUGUCCCAACAAAUUACCUUGUAUGCACCUUGAAUUCUUUCCUCUUGUGUCCGAUGUCGUGCCACCACAUAACGACAAAUAUAUUCCUCUGGUCAGUGCUGUUGGUGAUGUGUGGAGUUGUAUACCCAGCAUGUCCAGUGCGACGACUUUGUGCUCUUAAGUCAGCCGAGGGGCAACAGGAGGCGAAUACUGGACGUGUGUUGUAAAGUAGUUUUUCAAUUGUAUGUAAAUGUUCUUUUUUCAGAUGCCACAAAUGCCGGGAUGCAACAGGAUUACGAAGCAAGAAUAGAUGUUGGGUAACGUUGUUGCUAGUCAGAAAAAAAUUAUGAACUGUAACUGAGCCAACUAACUUUUAACAGUCUGAGAUAUUAGGACGCCAAUGGACUGCAGCCUCGAUGUUGUACAUAAUCUUUUAGAAAUCACUCCUGGUGGGUUUGCCGUGUAGUUGCCCCUCUAGUCGGGAGGUUUGCCUGCAUAGUUGAGGUCUUUGAAGGCCACAAUAAUCCACCCUUCCUGUAUUUAAUGUUUCUUUGUGUUGCACAGUGAUGUUGCUUCGUAUAGCUUUUGGUAGUAGAGAGGCGGAUUCAGGUACGUAUCAUUUUCUUCUGUGUAGCUGGAAGAAAUCACGACAUCUAGAAAUACAGCGAAGUGCUGUUUUGAUUUUAAACAUUUGGAUAGAUUUAGCCAGAACUGCUCAUCGCAAACCCAGUUUUGUUUUUAAUAGUGUUAAUUGUGAAAAUGUGCUCUUGGUUGCAGUUAUUUUUCUUCUUUUUUUGUAAUUUUAAAAUAAUUCUUUUGUGGAAUGAUUUUGUUCUCAGUUGCCAUCAGCUGUUUUUGUUCAUCAGUGUUAAAUGCUUUGUAAAAAAAAAAAAAUAUAUUCAGGAUCUAUUUAAGUUAAUAAGUUUGAGGAUGCAUAUUAGGCUCAAUUUAUGUAGUAGUUUUGAUGAUAUAAUUUUGCUGCCUGACUCGAUGUUUGACAUUUCCUGUUGAUAAAUCACUGCUCAUCAAUUCUCUCUUUUGAGAUGUUUCCUCUUUUUGAAUUGCUUUUAACUUAAAGGACUAACACAAACUGUAACUACAUGUCUUACUUGAACCUGUGAACUUGGCUGAUAUGAAUUUCCUGCUGCUGAUUUGGAGUCAUCGCUGGUGUAAACAAGCAGUUUGACAGAUCUUAAGCAUCGUUAUGCCAUAUAUUAAACCUCACUUUGAAUUUGUGUGCACUUGUCAUUCAAAUGUAUCUUGAAUUUUUGAGACUUAAUUUUCCAAAUAAAACCUCAAAUUGCAAA